AUGGUUAUGGUUGAUAGGCUUAAUUGUCGCAUACAAUAUGUGGAUGAUUCGGAUCCAUUUGCGACAACAUCAUGCUCACAUUUGGAACCAAAUCGUCCUAUUAUGUAUAAUUUUUUACUUCAUCAACCAAUCGGUGAACAAUUACCGGAAAUUAUUCGUACACUUCGAGCACCACAUAAGCCAAACAAUGCUGCAUUACAAAUAUACAAAUAUGAGGGUAGUGUUGGUGAUUAUGGUUCAUAUUUGGAUUCUGAAAUGUCACUAAUGGAACAAGAGGAUGAACUUGAAAUUCUUAAAGCUGAUCCGAGGCGAAAUAGUUUGGUGGUACGAACACAAACAGGUCUCAGAGUUAAGACAAUAAUUGAUAAAUUGCUCAAUUCACAUGGACGUGAACAACGGAGAGCGCUUUUCUCAUUGAAACAAAUUUUUCAAGAUGAUAAAGAUUUGGUGCAUGAAUUCGUACAGAAUGGUGGUUUAGAAUGUAUGAUUAAACUUGGAAGAAAAGCUGAUCAAAAUCAUCAAAAUUACAUUCUUAGAGCAUUGGGCCAAGUGAUGCUAUACGUGGACGGUAUGAAUGGUAUUAUUGCUCAUAUCGAAACGAUCCAAUGGCUUUAUGAGUUGCUUGAUUCACCGUAUCGAUUAGUGGUGAAAACAGCAUUAAAAUUAUUAUUGGUAUUUAUCGAAUAUACCGAUCAUAAUGCACUACUACUAAUGACCGCUGUCACCAAUGUUGACAAAGCUAAUAAUCGACCUGAUUGGUUUGCACUAAUGAGGGUACUUAAUGAAAAGGAUGCAAGUGAUGUUGAAAUGCUUACCUACGGUAUGACUGUCAUCAACAAAACAUUAAAUGGUGUCGCUGAUCAGGAUACAUAUUAUGAUCUCGUUGAUUCAUUGGAAUCACAAGGUUUAGAAGAUACGAUGCGACAUAUGUUAAAACUUGGUAAUAAAGAUCUCAAGGAUCAAUGUAAAUUAUAUGAAAAAGUGCUCAAACAAGAGGAUGAAGCAGAAAGUAGUGAUGAAAGUGUUGUUAAAAUGAGAAACCAAACAACAUCACCAAUUGUUGUUGAUCGUCGAACAGCAAUGCGUCGCCGACAUCAGGAAUCAUUAGCUCGGCAACAAGAACAUUAUAAUUUUCAUAAAAUUAAUUCUAUAAAUAAUAAUAUUGAAAAAUUUGAAUUACCAAUAAUAAAUGCUGAUGGUAGAAUUAUUAAUGGUAUUAAUGGUAGUACAAAUGAUAUUAUCGAUGAUACACCAAAAAUAGUACCACCAUGGCGAAGAAAAGUUUCAGAAAUUGAAUCACGAUCGAAAAAUAAUAAUACAAAUGUAUUGGUAAAUGAGAUGAGCGGACAAUCAUCAAUAAGACAAUCUUCGGUGACAUCGAUGAAAUUGAUUGAAAAAAAAUCAGAGAAUAAUGAAAAUACGGAACCUGAAGAAAAACCGGUUUGCGUUCUUUUUUUUAUUGUUGUUGCUUUUUUUUUUGAAGAUAGAAGAUUUAUUAAUGAUUAA